AUGGAUUGUCUUAUCGACGCCGGCGGGAAGCUUGGCCUGAAAGGUGAGGACUUAGCGGCGCAGCAACAGACGAUUGAACGCGAAGAACGCAAACUCGAACGCGAGGAGCUCCAGCGUCAGGAAGAAGCACGAAGAGCCAGUGCGGAAGAAGAUGAGCUUAGAAUAAGCGAAGGCGGCGCCCGAGGACCGAAUCACAAGGUACCGAAGCUUCCUGUAUUCGCAGAUGGUACGGACGAGUUAGAUAACUAUUUACGACGGUUUGAGAGGUUUGCUACCAAUAGUGGAUGGAAGGAAACAGAAUGGGCGUCCUACUUGAGCGCACUGUUGACGAGCAGAGCGCUUGAUGUUUAUUCGAGAUUGCCGGAUAGCGCCGCCGCCGAUUACAAGCAACUGAAGCAGGCGUUGCUUAAAAGGUACACUUUGACUGAUGAAGGCCACAGACUAAAAUUUCGGCAGGAGAGACCGGAAAGGGAUGAGAGUCCGUCGCAGUUCAUCGCGCGCUUGCUGAACUACGUGAAGAAGUGGAUGAGUCUGGCUGAAGUCGACGACACGUCGCCAGCACAGGUGCGUGACUUGUUCGUGAGAGAGCAGUUCCUUGAAGCUUGCCCGCAAGACUUAGCUGCAUUUCUGCGAGAGAAGCCACUCAAGAGCUUGGAGGAGGUGACCGAGACCGCGGACCGAUUUCUACGAUAUGGUCAUAAAGCCAUUGACUGCAGAGACAAAACCAAACGGAACUGUUUCAGGUGUGGUAAGGCAGGUCAUGAGGCAAGGAACUGCCGGAGCAAUCCCAGGGCUGGAAAUACUACUGUCAAGUCCAACUUCGUAGUGCAAAAGACUGAUCGCCUGGACUCUGCUACUGAAGCCCAUGGUGUGUCAAUGGGUGACCUGAAAGAAUCAAUUGAUGAUGGAUGGCUACUUCUAGCAAAUGGUAAGAAGGUUCUGCUGAUAAGCAGUGCUGUGAGUGAGAAAAUGUCAGUGAAUGGUCAGUGUAUGCCAGUGUCAGAAGGGAGGAUCGGUACUUCAGAAGUACGUGUUUUGAGAGAUACCGGGUGCAGUGGGGUGAUAGUGAAGCAGAAGUUUAUUCUUGAUACCCAAUAUACCGGGCGCUAUGGAUUGAUACAAAUGGUGGACAAUACCGUUUGUAGAGUACCAAUGGCCACUGUUUGCAUCGAAUCACCGUACUUGACAGGAGAGGUCUCGGCACUAUGCCCACCCGAUGCUGUGUAUGAUGUGAUAGUUGGUAAUGUUCCAGGCGCAAGGGCAGCAGACGACCCGGAUCCUGAGUGA